AUAUUAGUGACAGCAGGUCUGCUCUUUGUAAAGAUAAAUACACCCAAUAUAGUGGCAACUGAAGUGCUAGCACACUCAGACAGGCUAGCUAGUAGCUAGCUACUGUAGCGGUAGAGAGUUGGUUUAGUGAAGUGAACAUAUGGAUUUCUCUAACAUCAUCCGGCCGGCCCUUAACCGGAUCACAUCCUCCUGCAACAGCUACGGCGGCGGCUUCAUCACCCGCGUGCUUAGCUUCACAGGCUCCUUCAACGACCGGACCAGCCUGCUGCACGAACCCACGCAGACGGAGGAGGUCGCUGCCGCCCCCGCCCCUCCUUCGCCGGCAGCAGCAGAAGCUGCGGCGCCUGCAGCUGCUGCAUCGGCCACGACGACGACCGCGGCCGGCCACCCGUUCGACAUCGAGGCGGGGACGACGACAACGCCGCUGGCUCCCACCGAAGCACCGGCGGCGGAGCCGUUCAAUGAUCAUCAGGACGCGGCGGAGUCAAGGCGCGUGGGCAAGAGCGUGCAGACCGUCUGCCUCUUCGCCGCGUCCGCCUCGCUCGUGCUGUUCGUCAACCUCCCCAGCAGCAACAAGCAGCCGCCGCCGGCGGCGGGGCAGCAGCAGCACGCCCUUCUGUACAGCGCCGACAUGGCGUUCAUCAGCCUCGGCUUCUUCUCGAGCCUGACCCUGUCCAUGUUCUCCAUCGUGGCGAGGCCCGGCGGCGACGGCGAGGCGGCGGCCGUGGCCAGGGUGCAGAAAUGGGGGAUGGUGGUGGCCGUGGCGUCCGUGGUCGUGGCCUUUUCGCUGCGCGUGUGCAUGACGCUCGCCGCGUAGUCGCAUUGAGGGAGGCCUGCCCCGCGCGCGAGUGCAUGGCCAUCGUCCGUCCUCCGCGCCGGUCAGCCCCGGUCCCAUGAUUUUGAGGGCCUUGGGCCAAUUGAUUGUGGUGGGCUCUGUAGACUAUAAAAAAUUAUAUGAUAUGCAACGAAGCAUAUUAGUACUUCGUAAAUAAA